UAUUGGGAUAUUAAUAUUAAAUGUAUCAGGGGAAUUAAUGUUUAAUAAAUAGGUGAUAUUUGGUUUGUGGCCAAACAUUUUUUUUAAUUAGAAAAUAGUUAGCAAAGUACUUACUUAUAUAGAUUAUGCAGAUCGGCCGUUAUUUAUUUAAGCAUGAAAAAGAGUCAGGAAUCUUCUACAUCGAAAAAUCAAGAACCUAUAACUGCAUUUUUCAAAAAUUCAGAUGGUCCUAAUAAUGUCGCAAUAUCCAGAAAAACUAAUUAUUUACCAUCUGCGAAAAGAAAGGCUACGUGCCUCGAUAAUGAUCACUUAAUCUCGCAGCCAGUUAAGCUUAAGUUAAUGAAUAAAGAAACAGAUACGAAUAAGAAAUUAAAGCAAAUUAAAAUAGAAAAUAAAGAUCCUUUAAAACAACUUGAACAUUCUCCAAUAUUCAACAGCUUACCUGAUAUAUCAAAUUUACAAUGUGUCACAUUUGACAAAAAAGAUUUUGAACAAGAUGAUGUAAGUGAUGUUUUCAAUGAUGAUUGGGAGCACGAAGAGGAUGCAGCAGCCUUUGACAAGUUAAAUCUGAAUAAAAUGCAGAGAUGUGAGGUAAUCAGUUUGAAAAAUCAUGAAAACAAAAUGGAACUUUUUUUAAAGAGCGGUGAAAUGACUGGCACUUGUUUUGUUGAAGGGAUAUGGAAAUCAAUACCUUUGAGUCCGGGCGAUAUAAUCAGUGUGAUUGCAGCUAAAAAUGAAACGGGGCAACAUUAUUUAAACGACACAACUGGGCUGCUCGUCCUCCGGCCGGACCACUUGAUAUCGAGCACGAGUGUUGUGGCUGGAGUGUUUUGUAAGCGAAAAGCUGUACUCCAAGAGAGAUGGAGAGGAAUAGAUUCUGCCAAUACGGCGAUGACAAUUGGAAUAAUGGUACAUGAACUAGUACAAAAGGCUUUGACACAACAAAUAUCAGAUAUAACUCAGUUACGGUUAGAAGCUGAUAGAAUGAUAAGGGAGUCCAUACAGAUGUUGUACGAUGCGGGGAUGACCGAGGAGGAGACACGGACAAGCAUGCAGUGCUACAUACAGCCUCUCAACGAUUUCAUGAAGAGCUAUGUCGUUUCCAAGGCCAGUCAUGGAAUUAUGCAAAAUAACAAAGAAAACUGGAACGGUCAUAUUGAUAAAGUUUUGGAUAUAGAAGAAAAUAUAUGCUGUCCACAAUUAGGACUGAAAGGGAAGAUCGAUGCCACUUUGCAAGUUACCGUACCUGAAAAAAAUGUUCUCCAGAAAGCCAUAGUUCCUUUAGAGUUGAAAAGUGGAAAGGCAUCUGUGUCGGCAGAACAUCGCGGCCAGCUCGUAAUGUAUGGAAUGAUGCUGAGCUUACACAGAAACGAAGACCCCACUGUGGCUUUACAACGUGGACUGUUGCUUUAUUUGAGAGACAAAGUAGACGUGAGGGAGGUUAACUGUGGAUACCCAGAGAGGCGCGACUUGGUAAUGCUGAGGAAUCAGUUAGUUGAAAAUCUCACUUCGGAUCCCAAAGAUCCAGAUCCAGAACAGUUAACUGAUAUUGAAGAUGCCUCAUUUUUACUUCAGCAAAAGCUACCAGAACCGAUCAAUCAUGAGAGAGCAUGCACUAAAUGUCCGUAUUUAUCCAUUUGUUCUGUGCAUUUGUGGCAUUCGGGAGGCCCAUCAGUCUCUGAAAAUCAUCCGCUGUCAAAGUUACAAGGCCAAGCACUAGGACACUUAUCCAAAGAUCACAUAAAAUAUUUCUUUCAUUGGACGGCUUUACUUAAGAUGGAAGAGAAAUUUCAAACGAAUUCAUCACCUUUACAAGCCUUGUGGACUGAGAGUGCUGAAAAAAGAGAAAAAAGAGGGACUUGUAUUCCCAAUCUGAAAAUAAAGACAGUGGAGCAAUCGGGUGAAAAACAUCUUCACGUAUUUCGACGUUCAGGUGUUAGAUUAAAUAGAGAGAAAGGACCUCAAGAGGGGGAGUUCGCAAUAGUCAGUAUCGACGGUAGACCGUGGGUAGCCGCGGGAGUUGUCAGCUCAGUUAGUAGCGAUGAAGUGCAGAUACAUUUGGAAAGAGACUUGAGUAAACGUCUCUGCGUAGACACAUUGUACCACAUCGAUUCGUAUGAGUCUUAUUCAACUAUUGUACAAAAUCUGUCCAACCUCGGCGUCUUGCUUGAAUACAGUGAAAGAUCGGAGCGGCUUCGAACUUUGAUAAUAGACACAACGAAACCUCAGUUUGAGGCGAAGCUACCACGCGAAGUCGGCCGGCUCGGCAUCAAGCUCAUGCGCUCACUGAACAUCGAACAGCAGCGAGCUGUACUAAAAGCCCUUUCUGCUCAGGAUUACGCACUCCUCCAAGGUCUCCCGGGAACUGGGAAAACUCAAACCAUUUCCGUGCUAAUACAAAUGCUAGUUGGACUCAAACAAAGAGUACUAGUGACUGCUCACACGCACUCGGCGGUCGACACACUGUUGAGUAGAUUACCAGAGACUAUGAAAGUGAUGAGGUUGGGUUCGACGGCACGUGUUGAUAUAAAUCUGCUACAUCGCACCGAGAAACAAUUAACAGCUUCUUGUCACACCGUCGAAGAACUAGCAAGACUCUACGAUUCAAUGGAAGUCAUUGGUGUAACAUGCUUGGGGUCCACGCACGCCAUACUCUCUAGAACGACGUUCGACAUGUGCAUUGUUGAUGAAGCUACCCAGGUAUUACAGUGCACGGUAUUGAGACCGCUGUUUGCUGCUAGAAGAUUCUUGCUAGUUGGCGAUCCCAAACAACUCCCGCCUAUCGUGAAAAGUCGCGCCGCAAGGCGUCUCGGCAUGGAAGAGAGUCUGUUCCACAGAUUAAUGGACGAAGAAGCAACUUGCACCUUGCAUCUGCAGUAUCGCAUGAAUCAAGCUAUAACCGAUGUAGCGAAUCAAGUAGCUUAUGACUCGCGUUUGAAAUGUGCCAACGGACAUGUUGCUCUAGCUACACUCAGUAUUGAUAUGCAGAAAUUAAGUUCAAAAAUGGAAUGGUUAAAGAGAGCUUGCAGUCCAGAACCUGAAGACGCCGUAUUGUUUUUGGACAUGAAAUCUACAAAUGUAUUUGAUUUUGAAAAUGAAAGCCGCUCGUGUAGGAACAAAGCCGAAGCUUGCCUAGUUCUCGACUUGAUGGAAUGCUUCAAAGAGGGUGGCGUUUCAUCUAAAAAUAUAGGUAUAAUAGCGCCAUAUCGCGAACAAGUGUCACUACUGCGCAGGGCCCUGGCGUCCUACUCUGUAGAAGUUAACACCGUUGAUCAGUUCCAAGGCAGAGACAAAUCCAUCAUAAUAUAUUCGUGUACCAAAUGGAAUGUAAGCGAAGAUCAUAAAGUUAAGGAAGGAGAGAUACUGAACGACGAUCGGAGAUUAGCUGUGAGCGUGACUCGGGCGAAGCACAAGUUCAUUAUAGUUGGUAAUUCAAAAGCGUUGCAUUGCUACGUCCCACUGCAACGGCUGAUACGAGCAAGCGCUACUGUCAGUCUCAAUGAUGAUAUUGUUAAAUGUUUGUAUCAUAAGUAUAAAGAAAUCAUGAUUUAGUUUGUUUGAAUCAUUUUAGUAUGCUAAUAAUAAAAUAUU